AUGGCCGAUAAUAGAGAGCAUGAAUGCCAGGAGAAGGCUGUCAAAGUCGAACUAGGCGGUGACCCUCAAUUGAGCACUGCUGAUAUCUCACCUCCCGCAACCGACGACGACAUCAACCAAUACCUAGUCAGGUUCGACGAAGCUUUUCACUGCGGAAACCCGCAAGAUUGGUCUCUGGCCAGAAAGUGGGCGGUGACGAGUGUGCUCUCUGUGACGGGGUUCAACCGCAUCUUGGUCUCGACUAUCAUGGCGCCAGCGCUCUCCUCUAUCGCGGUGGAAUUCCACAUGAACCAAGUGGAGUCGGUCAUGGGUCUCUCUGCCUACCUUCUCGCUACGGCCUUUGGGCCUCUAGUCAUUGGUCCUCUUUCCGAACUCUAUGGUCGUCAGCCUGUCCUGCACACAACCAACGUUUGGUUCUUGCUUUGGAACGUUGUGUGCGGUUUUGCGCCAAACAAGGGUGUGUUGAUUGCGGCACGAUUCCUGUCUGGUUUCGGGGCCAGCGCAGUUUACGUUCUCGCGAGCGGUGUUCUUGGAGAUGUUUGGCGUGCCGAUCAACGAGGCCGAUCCCUUGGGCUAUACAACCUUCUACCCCUUCUCGCGGCAUCAGUGGGACCGAUUCUGGGUGGCAUCAUCACGCAAGCAACGACGUGGCAGUGGAUAUUCUGGUCGACUUCCAUGGUACAAGGUGCCAUGAUCAUAUUCUCCAUCCUGCUCUUUAGGGCGACGUACGCGCCAUUGAUCCUCCGGAAGAGAGCGCGACAGCUGCGCACAAGCACUGGAGAACAACGUUACCAUUCUGCGACUGAAAAGCUUACUGAGGGCCGGACCGCUACCUGGAUCUUGCGUCGAAGCCUGACUCGGCCUAUGCGUCUGCUCGCAUCUCACCCCAUUGUCCAAAUCCAGGCCGUGGUCUCGGGUUUCAGCUAUGGGAUCACCUAUCUUUUGAUUUCCAUUUAUUCGGACCUCUGGAAGACGAGGUACCACGAAUCAACAGCCACCAGUGGCAUCCACUACAUUGCCAUGUGCUUGGGAGAAAUAUGCAGUGCGCUUAUUGCAGGGACACUUAUGGAUGUCACCUAUCGCAGACUCCAGGCCAAGGCUGGAGGUGAGGGCAGACCGGAGGGAGUAUCGCCUUCCCCUAAUGAUUCCGGCCUCAUUGCUCAUCUUGGGGGGCUUUCUCAUGUUCGGCUGGGCUGCCCAGGCCUGCACAUUCUGGCUGGUCGUCGACAUCGGGAGCGCAGUCUUGUCCUUCGGCUUCAGUGUCUGCAGCCAGGCGCUCAAUUGGUGCGCAGUCUCACCGCGUUCGGCUUCCCACUGUUCGCGCCAAGUAUGUAUGAGGCGAUCGGGUAUGGCUGGGGCAAUACACUACUUGCGCUGGUGGCUGUAACGCUCUGCUUACCCACGCCGUUCGUGCUCUGGCGGUAUGGCUGCCAGCUGCGGGAGAGGGCCAGAGACAGCUUCUGA